AUGGUUGAUAAGGGAAAGGGAAAAGAUUCAGGUCAAAAGAUCACUUCAGAAAUGGGAAAUGCGGCAGCAAACUUGAAAAGUUACCGAGUCUCACUUGGUCAAAAGGAAAAGGAGUUGCAAGAAUCAGAUAUCAAGAGGAAGAAUAUUGAUCGAAGAAUCAUUUCGGAAUAUCAAGAGGGAGCUAUGUCGUCUAACUUGAGAAGAUAUGAUGUCUCACUCAGUUCAAAAGGAAAGGCAAUUGCUUCCGAUGGUAAAACUGAGAAAAGGAUGGAGGAGUUGCAGAAACCGAUAUCAAUCUAUGUCAUCAGCAUUUCCCUGUUGAGGAGAAUACCACUAUUCUCUCUCCACAAAAGGAAUUGCCCCAAAAUGGCUUUACAGAGGUACUGGAGCUUUCAAAACCAAGAGCAUCACGGGAUGAGCGUGUGA